AUGGCCGUUCCUUCGGACCUGAAUCCAGUUCUGGCGAUCAACCUUCCACUCGUGUUCGAGCACCCUCCGGGCCAGAACAGCGCCACGGAAGCCCUGCGCCUUUCUCUCCUCGGUGUGGGGGCUAUCCACCAGGCUUACCUUCUCAGUCGACAUGGCGUUAAUAGCGCCAGCCAGCAGGAGAUGAUGAACCUUGCUGUGACCCUCAGACUUACGGCGACACAUUAUCUUAGGAUGGCGUGUCUUAGCCCGCAGGGAAUGGAGAGUGACGCUGCCCUAGGCGCGAGUAUCACCAUCUCUUUGAUCGACAUAUUCACCGGAGGGCAGAACUGGACGGCUAACCUCGCACUUGCUAAAACGCUCGUCGACUUGCGCGGUGGCCCACGCACGAUCAUCGCCACCAACAAGCCGCACCUGAUCGACGGCGGGGCCAAGGUAUCCCCGGCUCGGCUCCUGCUCGAGAUCCUAGCUGUGUACGACACUUUUGGCUCUCUUACCACUGGCGAACCGCCCACCAUUCUCGCCCCUGGUAGUGAGGACUGGUGGUUUGACGGCGACAAGACCUCGUAUCAUCUUUUCAGUGUUGAGAAGGUGUUUGGCAUGUCCCGCGCUAUGAUCGAGCUUGUUGCACGGGUGUCGACCCUUGCUGCGCGCGCGAAUAAACACAGGCGGAAGAUCCUUGAGCUCCAGAUGGAGGACGAUCGGUCCCCGCUUGAGCAAGAGGAGUUUGAGCGGCAAGCAAUCGAAAGCGAGGCUAUGGCGCUGUACGAAGAAGCCAAGACCUGGACGAGUUCUGCACUCAAGCAUAGGCUCCACCCGAGGGUCGAGUAUGGCAAUACGGCCCACCGGCAGGCGAUGCAGGUUAUCCUCCUCCGGGACGUGCUUAGAGUGGAUAGGCUCGAUCCCCGCGUACAGGAAGCGGUACAGAGUAUAUUGAAGAUAUGUACUGAGAGUGCGAAGCGGCUGGGCAUGGGCGUCGACUUGACCUGGCCGAUGAUCGUGGCUGGGUGUCAGGUGGAGCACUUGGACAGGGACAAGGUCACCAAGACAUUCGAGUACUUCCGAGAGCAGUGUUGCUUUGAUAUCGACACGGCUGAGCAAAUCGUCCGGGAGGUCUGGAGGCGACUAGACGCGAACCCGAACGAUCCCCGCGCAGACUGGCGGUCAAUCACGGAAGACCUGGACCUCAAGGUGCUCCUCCUGUAA